UGGGGCUUGACAGUUAAGGCACAUGUGGGACACUGAAUGAUGCAUUAAUUCAGUAUUAAUUGGGUGGCGAUAUGCCAUACACGUAACAGGCGUGACCGUAGCAAGGCGGAGAGAAGCGUAGCUGAAUUUGUUGAACUUUUGAUGCUGAAAGAGCCACAAAGAGAGCGUCCACCAGAGCAUCCGAGGAGCAGGAACCAAUAGAUCAACAUUAUCAAAUUGACAACAGAUAUUAUUGAAAAUGACAAAAUCAUACAUAAUCAGCGACCAGUUGUCGGUGGACGAGAACAAGGUGGAGCGUCUCAGUCGGCCGUCCAGCGUCCACGUCACCCAAGACCGGUGCGGCGUCGGCGUCCUGCAAUGCUGCGCCAACGUCAAAAUGUUCACGACCAACUUUGCACUCAUCAUGUUGACGCACAGCAUUAUAUACACCUAUCUCAGCUCUGUAAUCACAACCAUAGAGAAACGCUUCGGACUUAACAGCACGCAGACCGGUCUCUUGGCGAGCGUUUACGAAAUCGGUUCCAUCGUCAGUAUAAUAGUGGGGACUUAUUUAUUAAGCCGCGUCCAUGUGCCAAGGUACAUCUCCAUUGCAACGGUUAUUGCCGCCAUUGGUGCCCUGGGGAUGGCAGUCCCCCAUUUUGCGUAUGGGUCGGGUGUGACAGAGUUUGUGGAUAAUAAUUCCACGCAGCAGACAACAUUCGCGCUGUGUGGGAACUCCUCCAAUAAGUCCAGCAUGGCGUUCUUGAUGUUCAUACUGUUCCAGUUGUUAAACGCUCUAGGGUUUGCCCCUGCCUACCCUCUUGGGGUGACGUACAUAGAUGAAAAUGUGCCCAAUACCCAUACGGCGGCAUACUCGUCUAUCGUGUUUGGCGUGAACAUUAUUGGACCUGUGAUUGGGUUCGUCUUAGGGGCAGUAACACUUGCCUAUUAUGUAGACUUUUUGGAAGGAUUCAGCCUGCCCAGGUCGCAUCCUCAGUUUAUAGGAGCCUGGUGGUUAGGCUUUGUCAUCAUUGCUGGCUUGUCUUUACUCUCAGCACCCUCUAUGGCUUUGUUUCCCCGCCACAUGCCUAGCAGGAAGCACACUGACAAAGAAGAUGGAACGGCGAAAGAGAAAUCUUUCGCAAAACUAGUUAAAGAAUUUCCCCGCUCUGUCAAGCGACUGUUCACAACGCCGCCAUUUUUGUGUGUGACUCUUGGGAUAUGCUGUGAAUUGUGGAUGGUUGGAGGGUAUAUGAUAUUUCUACCAAAGUAUCUGGAGACGCAGUUCAAGGCACCGGCGUUCCUAGCCACUCUGAUAACAGCUUUUGUGGCAGCAGUUGCCAGCGUUCUUGGAAUCCUCCUUGGUGGGUUCCUGGGGUCAAAGUUCAAGUUUCACUCCCUCCAACAUGCCCGGAUGUUACUGUUUUGUAGCGUGCACAUUAAACAUUGCUUUAACUUAUUAUUAAAAUCUUGUAUCAUUUUUUGUACAGAAUUUCCCCGCUCUGUUAAGCGACUGUUCACAACUCCGCCAUUUUUGUGUGUGACUCUUGGGAUAUGCUGUGAAUUGUGGAUGGUUGGAGGGUAUAUGAUAUUUCUACCAAAGUAUCUGGAGACGCAGUUCAAGGCACCGGCGUUCCUAGCCACUCUGAUAACAGCUUUUGUGGCAGCAGUUGCCAGCGUUCUUGGAAUCCUCCUUGGUGGGUUCCUGGGGUCAAAGUUCAAGUUUCACUCCCUCCAACAUGCCCGGAUGUUACUGUUUUGUAGCGUGGUCAGCACGCUGUUGUUUGUGGCUCUCUUCUUCCUGGGCUGUCCCUCGCUGGACAUCAAGGGCCUGGAGGGCAACAACUCACUGUCAGCUUGCGGCACGACGUGCAACUGUGCCACGUCAGACUUCAGUUUGGUGUGCGGCGCCGACAACGCCACCUAUUUAUCUGCAUGCUACGCUGGUUGUGCUGCGGCAGAUAAGAAGGACGACAGUACAGUGUUUGAGGACUGCAGCUGCAUCUCUGGCACCAACCAGACGGCUGUCCUUGGCGGCUGUGACACAGGGUGUAAUAUGCUGUGGCAGUUCUCGGGGGUCGUGUUUAUGUUUGCCUUCAUUGCUGCUAUGAGUAGUCCGUCAGCUAUUGUUAUUACCCUUAGGUCAGUACCAAAGGAUUUCAGAGCAUUUGCUUAUGGAAUGAACGAGGCUAUUGAGGGCGUGCUGGGUACGCUGUAA